AUGUGGUAUAAAGACAAUGACCCAAGCCAAGACAUGAUUGAAUACAGAAUGACCAGACAUGUGUUCGGAAACAGCCCGUCGCCUGCUGUGGCAACCUGUGGACUGCGAAAAUGUGUAAGUGACGCAGAGGAAGAUGUGAAGAGCUUUGUGUACCGAAAUUUUUAUGUGGACGACGGCUUAAUGUCCUUUGACUGCAGUGAUGAAGCUGUGAACCUAUUGUCCCGCACUCAGACAACUCUUAAGAAAGAGGGAAAUAUUCGUUUACGCAAAAUUACGUCGAACAGUCUGGAUGUGAUCAAAGCCUUCCCUCAAGAGGACCUUGCCAAAGAAGUCACAGGCAUUGAGCUAGAUUUAAGUGAAGCACCACUUCAGAGAAGUUUGGGGAUCAGCUGGGAUAUUUCCAAAGACUCAUUCACAUUUCAAGUGACUUCUACCCGCAGGCCAUUCACCAAAAGAGGCGUUCUGGCAACUAUUAAUGGUCUAUAUGAUCCGAUUGGAAUUGUGGUGCCAGUAACCAUUCGAGGCAAACUAAUCAUGCAGGACAUAAUGUCAUCUGUGACAGAUUGGGACGAACCUAUUCCACAUGCAUUCCAGGCAAAAUGGCAUAACUGGUUGGAAUCCCUUGCCGACUUACAGUCCAUUCUCAUACCUAGAUAUUAUGUCAACUUACCGUCAUCUGAAGUAGAGCGUACGGAACUUCAUGUCUUUUCUGAUGCUUCGCAGAAGGCGAUCAGUGCGGUAGCUUAUUUGAAGAUAUAUGACGUCAGUGGAGGUCAUCACGUCAGCUUUGUUCACGGAAAGGCAAAAGUGGCUCCCUCACAGGGCCAAACUAUUCCUAGGUUAGAAUUGUGCGCAGCCGUACUUGCCACAAGGCUAAAAGACACCAUAACACAACACUUGACUGUACACAUUGACUCUACUACAAUGUACACAGACAGCCGAGUUGUACUCGGGUAUAUAAACAAUGAACAUAGACGCUUUUAUGUGUAUGGAAACCGUGUUGACGUUAUUCGUCAUUCUACCACAUCAGACCAGUGGACCUAUGUGUCAUCUGAGGACAACCCUGCUGAUAUAGGUACGAGGUCUAUCCCUGCUAAUGAAAUUGAACAAAGCGCAUGGAUUCAAGGACCUUCAGUUUUAAGGAGUGAACAUCCACUAGAUCACAGAGAAACUUCAUAUGAGCUGCUAGACCCAGAAGAAGAUAAAGAAGUCAGACCUGUUAUAGUUACGAAGAUGACUUCUGCUUCACAAGAGACAGUUAUAGGUGUUCAUCGAUUUGAAAGAUUUUCCACUUGGCGGAGCCUUGUACGAGCUAUAGCUAGGAUCAAACGUCUAGCCAAAUCAUACAGAAAAUCUUUAGAAACUCGAGAAUCACUUGUGACACCUGUAACGACAUCGAACUUACUCAAGCUGAGUUGUUUGUUAUACAGCAAGUUCAACAGGCAUGCUUUCCUAGUGAGGUUAGUGCUCUUAAGGAGGGGAGAGAACUGCACAGGACACGUUCUACUAUCACUGUCUCCAAUACUGGACUCGAAUGGCAUCAUGAGAGUUGGUGGAAGAUUACGACAAGGGAGGAAAUAUACCUGUUUAGAAAUUCAUCCAGUUAUAAUACCAAAAAAUAGUCACAUUGCUGGUCUAAUUAUUCAUCAUUUUCAUGAGAGAGUCCACCAUCAGGGACGUCAUAUCACUGAGGGGAAGAUUCGUACAGCUGGCUACUGGAUUAUCGGUUGUAAGCGGAAGGUCACAUCGCUUAUUCAUUCAUUAUAA